AUGAUCAUAGAUUUUCUUGGAGGUACUCAUUCUUUUGAUGUAAAAAAUGAUUUAGUUGCUUUUGAAUAAGGAAACAGUUUAUUAUUGCUUGAUACUACAAAUAACUCAAAAGUUUAAAUGCAUGGUCACGUGAAUUAGAUUAUAGCAAUCUGUUUUUGUGGAUAAAAUCUUAUUGCAUCUGUAAGCAUGGGAUUUAAGAAUCAUUUAUAAAUUUCUGAAUUCGAUACUUUUAAUCGAACAUUUGAUGAAUAUCUACCUGACACAGAUAAAAAGACUGUGCAAAUUUAUAUGGAGAAUAUUAAUAAUUAAUUGAUUUUGAUUGAAGUAAAUACAGGUCAUCGAAUAUUAGUUUAUGAUAUUCUAUAAUAUAAACUGCUUUUCAUAACUGAUUUAGAUAAUCUAAAUCCUUGCUAUGGAUUUGCAUAUUUGCCAACAAAACCAAAAACAAAAAUCUGUUUAAUGUGUAAUGGUUAAGUAACUAUUUGGAACUUGGGUUAAAAUAAUGUUCAAAUCACUAAUAGAAUCACAUUAAGGAAUAUUAAACAUAUGGAUACUAAUAAAUCACUCAAUUUAAUCAUAUUAAUAUUAGUUACUGGAGAUUUAUAUAUAUUGAAUUCAGAUGGAGAUUUGAUUUCUUAAUUGAAAGCUCCAGAUUAAGAAUUUACUGCAUCAACCAGUUUUGAAUAAUAUUUAUAUUUAUCUACAAGAAGUGGUAAAAUAUUUAUAUAUGAGAUAUCUACUCUUAAAUUUGUAACAGAAAUUCAUGCAAACGAUACUUGCUAUUGUGUUUAAUUAAAACAUUCAAAUUAACUUCUUGUUUUUGCUUUAAAUGAUUCCACCUUAAUUACUAUGGAUAUCAAUAAGCGUAUAAUUUUAGAUUAAUAAAAUGGUCAUGGUGGUAGAAUUAAUUCAGUCUCUUGGGAUCUUAUUUAAAGCAAUCAAUUUUAUUCUUGUUCUAAUGAUGGUUCUUUUGGAGUUUCUAAUUCUCGAGGUGACAAAUUCUCAAUAAAUAAAUACUACAUAGGAUAAUUUUAAACUAAAAUCAAAUGUUGUGUUAUUGAUAAUUAUAGAGAUGACAUCUACCUUGGAGAUAAUAAGGGAUAAUUGUUUGUUUUUUCAUUAAUUAAUGUCUAAUUUCGAAGAUAAAUUGCUUUAACUUAAAAUCUAGGAAUAAAAGAGAUGUAAUUCAGUCCAGCUUAUUAAUAUUUAGGAGUGGCCUUUAAAAAUGGAUUCACGAUUAUCUUAGAUUGUGAAAAUUAAUUAAAACCGGUAUUGAAGUUAGAAGAUAAACUUGAAAAUAUCUCAUUUGUUGGAAUCAAGUUAUUUUAAUUAGAAUUUGAUCUUGUUAAAGUAAAUACACAAGCAUAUUCAACAUCUUACAUUCCAAGAAAUGAUAAAUCAUUUAAUUCACUCACUAUUUACAAUCAUAAUUCUGUAAGGAGACAUCAAAUUGAUAAAGCUAAUUCUUAAUUAUCAGCUUUAGCAUUAAACAUAUAUACAAUUGAAGGCACCAUAUUUGGAUAUGAUCUACAUCCAUCUAAAGAUUAUAUAUUAAUUUUAUCAAAUUAUGGAUUUGUUUAUAUAUAUAGGGUAUAAAGCUCAGAGAAAAGAGCAAAAAUAACAGUUCCACCAUUUUCAAGAAAUUUAAGGAUUGAUAAAUCAGGAUUAUAUUUUGCGAUAGCUCAUUUACCAUUAAUUAAUUAAUCAGAUAAAUAAAUAAUAGAAAUACCUUCGAUUGAGUUUUUGACUAAAAAUGCAAAAAUUAAUAAAAAAAUGUUGCCAACAAAUAUUAGAAUAUAUGAAUGUGGAACUGGUUAAUUGGCUGAAAAAAUAAAUAGAAUAUUCAGUAUAACAUCUUUAGAUUUCUCUAAUGAUGGAUAAUAUCUAUUAGUUGGUGGAAAGAAGGGAAAGAUAUCAUUAUGGGGAUUAAGUGAAGAUUUAGUGUAAAGUAGUGAGGAGGUAAUAAAAGAAAUGAAACUGAAUCCUUUUUUUUGGAGAGACUUUUAAAUAUAUAUAGAUGAAGAAGAAAUUCAAGAAUAAGACAUUUUAGAUUUAGAGUUAUUAGCAAAGAAACUACCAAAUAAACCAAUUGUACAAAGUUAAAAAUAUUAACAAAUUGUUAAUCCACAUACAAUGUAUUAAAAUAUAAUAUUAUUUUAGAAUAUAAACCCCAGGCAGUGCUAGUUCAAGAUAUGAAUUGUAUUGAUGAUAAUUAGAAACUAAUAUUAUUUAAAAAUAAUUAUAAAAAUGAUUAAAUUGGGGAAUAUGCUUGCAUAAGAGUAAGCUAAAUUAAAAUCAGAGUUAAAGGCUGCCUAGAAACAUAGAACAACUAGAAAUACAACAUCAUCUACAUUGUAAUAAGCACACUAACAAUAAGUUAUCCAAAUAUAUCCAAAACGUCCACAUUGUUAUAAAAGUCAUAAAUAAGUCCAUCCAAUAAUACAGAUUUCAUUAGUUAGAAUUGUUCCCCUAUUAAUUCUCCAAAAAUGUUAACUAAUUUUUCAGAUCCAGAUCCUUCAUUCAGUUUUAACAAAUAUGUUCGUCAAUCAUAUAGAAAUAAACUUGAAACUAUUUAAAUGCCUCCUAAUAAACCUCCUUUAAAAAGAGUCAAUAAAAUAACUAAUUUAAGAAACUUAAAUAAUAAUAGUAUUGCAUAGUUAAAUCCUCUUAAAGGGGAUGAAUCUAAAGAGAAACUAUUGUAAUAGACCCACUUUUUAUGUGCAAUCAUGUAAUAAUCUCAUAGUGCAACUGGUAAAAUAGUGGCAAAUUUUUUAAAUGGAUAGUUAGAAAAAAAUAGUUACGAAUCGAUUAUUUAAAUGGAAAAAUCUGCUUAAGUUCUUUAAUAGUCUGCAAAAGAAAUGUCAAAAGCAUUUUUUAUUUCUGAUGAUGAAGGUGAAUUUGAGAAUCUUUAAAAUAAAUUCAUAGAUUAAAUAAGAUUCUCUAAAUAUAGAAAACCUAAUUAAGAAAAUAAUAUUAUAUUUAAAAGAAAUUAUGGUUAAAAACAUGAAAUGAUGAUUGAUUAAGUUGCAUCUUAAAGAUAGAAAACAGAUGAAAAUUAAGAUUUUGAUGUUUUUAUUCCAAAAUCAUAAAUGGAUUAAUUUUUUUAGUAAUUAUUCAAAAAUAAAUUAGAAUAAUUUAAGAUAAAAUAGAUGGUAGAAUGAAAGAAUAAACUGAAUAAUUAAUAAAAGAAGAAUAAAAAUUAAUUAAUGGAAUGAUUGCAAAUGUAAUAAAAUUUAGAGAAGAUAUAAGAGAAGUUAAAUAUACGAUGAAUCAUGUAAGAAAAAAUAAAAAGGCCUUAUAACCAUCAUAAUUAUCCGCUUAUCGAACAUUGAAAACACUAAGAACUCUAAAAUCUUAGUCAUCAGUUAGAAUACAAAGCCCAAAGACUUAAAGAUUAGAUGAAGAAGCAAAAGCAGAUCUAAGAUUAAGAGUUAUGAAAGCUCUUAGAAAUUUUAUGGAUAAAUUAAAGAGAUUUAAUAUCACAUUAAAUGAUGUUGUAAAUAAUUAAGUUUUCCCAUCAUAAGCAUAUGAAAGACCUAAUAGUGUUGAAUUUUUUAGAUAAGUAAAAGCAGAUAACUUAAGAGAAAUUGAAAGUAUGUUAAGAGAUUGUCGUUAUCAUGUUUAUGAUAGAGAUAAUUAAUAAAAAACACCAUUACAUCAUGCAGUUAGUAAUAAUUCAAUUGAAGCAAUAAAAUUAUUAGUUGAAAAUGGUGCAGAUUUAGAUGCUAGAGAUAUGAGUAAUAAAUUAUAAUAUUAUUAUUAGUGGGUCGAACUCCUUUGCAUUUGGCAUCCAAAAAUAAUAAUUGUGAUACUGUUAGAGUUUUAUUAGUAUAUUAGGCUAAUCCUUCUAUCAAAACUGUUGCAGGUAAAACAGCUUAAGAUUUAACAGAAAUGCCAGUUAUUAAAGCCUUAGUGAAAAAUGCUAAAAAAGUAAUAUUUUAUCUAAUUUUUUUAAGCUUCAUUUCAUGAUGAAUUUGCAGCCUUCAAAAAAAAAAAAAGAUUUUUGGGUUGAAAAAGCAAUUGUUUACUUUUAAGAAGAUGAUCCAGAAAAAAUUCUAAAAUUAUAGCUUUAUAAGAAUUAAGCAAAAUUAUUUUUAUCGUGA